CUGCCAGGAUUAUCGGGGAUGCUCGCGAUUAUCAAUUAAUCAUGCGCCAAAUGCAUGUCCACUGACUUUUAUAGUCGGCUUGGAUCCCCUCAUCGACUGGCGACCAUGUGGAAAUUAAAUGUAGGGGAGAUCCGACCCCUCCGGCCACUGCCAGUGACUAUUUGCAGACGCCAUGAUAGCACUUCGCAGCCCCCCUGACAGAUAACGACCUGACAUGUCUCUCUUCCUCUGUGCAGACUGCGGUGGCUCCAAGACAUCUGCUGUCAUUUGCGAUGCCAACGGAAACAUCCUCGGUCGUGGCCUGGGCGGCCCUUCUAACUUCUCAUACAUUCCCCUGGCCGCCUUCACCGAGGCCGUUCGUGUAGCCGUGUCCACUGCGCUGGGUUCUUGCGUUUCUCCAUCUAACACACCAAUCACGCUACCGCCGCCCAACGAACUUUUUGCCGCUGCAUGGUUCGGUAUUGCAGGCGUGGACUCUCCAGCAGUAGCUCAGAAUGCAUCAUCUGCUCUCAGUGUCCUUCUCGGAAUCCCUACAGGUCCACGACUUAUAAUCGCCAAUGACACCCACCUCCUCGCAGCCCCUCUACGUCACCAUCCAGACGUAUCCUACGCCAUCACUGCUAUAGCAGGCACAGGAUCAUGCAUCGUCUCGUUCACCAAAGAACCUUCUGGUGAGCUCGUCGAGCUUGCUCGCACAGGCGGGUGGGGUUGGCUCCUUGGAGACGAAGGCAGCGGAUUCCACGUUGGCCGGGAAGCUAUCCGACAAAUCAUGUUCGACGUUUCACGUACCUCGCUGGGAAUAACCCUUUCCCAGACGAGCACCCUGAAGGGCAAGAUUCUUUCUCACUUUGGUAUCAAGAACGAGCAGGCAGCGGCGGAAAUACUCGCCAUCGUACAUACGCCAGAGAUAACGAUUAAAAACUCCCACAAUACCCCAGGGUACCUCCUCGUUCCUAGGGAGAAACGUCUCUCACAGCUCACUCCCCUCGUGUUCGACGCUGCUUUUAAGGACAACGAUGAGUUCGCAUUGAGAAUCCUGAGGAACGUUGCAAGUGGUCUGGCAGACCAGAUUGCACAGCUGUGUAUUGGUCCAGGAGAGGAUAUAGCCAUCAAGCCUAGAGGGGUUGUGGCAAAUCAAGCAAUCUUAUGUUUCGGAGGAAGCCUUGUAGGUAUCGAGGGUUACCGGGCGCUCGUACUCGAUGAACUCAGGAAACGAGGGUGUGUUUUUCAAUGCGUCGAAUUCGUUGAAGAUGCCGCCGCUGCUGGAGCGGCAGGUCUUGCAGCCAUGGCAGCAACAUAAUCGAGUGCAACUCCUAGUUACAGCUUGUCAUUCAUCGUGUAUACCUCAACCCAUAUCUCAGAUGACAAUAGACGAUCCAUUUCGCAAUCCAACGAUACGAGGUUCCCUUCGUUUGAGGGCAGCACCACUGUGCGGCGAGAUAGUGUGACAGUUUUGCCAUACUAUUGACCGACGACUCGAAGAAAA